ACAGACUACAUUUAUGAUUACUUGUACACUACGUUUUUUGAUUUGUGUUCUAUCUCAAUUAACUUAAAUUAUCUGCAGAGCCAAGUGUCAGGAAAAAAUGUGAGGUUGCAAAAGGAUUAUUCAGCUUCACGCGAAAGAACACUAAAUGAAGCAUAUGAUGGUAUAGAGGGUAUGCUUUAUGGGCUAGGAAUUGAUGGUGGUGAAUCGAUAGCUCGUCCAGCUUUGAAAUUCUAUGAGAUGGCACUUGAAAAGAGUUUCACAAAGGGGCGUAGGAAAGAGCAAGUUCAAGCUGCUUGUCUUUACAUUGCAUGUAGGGAGAACAAAAAGCCAUUCCUACUCAUCGACUUUUCUGAGUACUUGAGGAUAAAUGUGUAUGUUUUAGGUGCUGUGUUCUUACAGCUAUGCAAAAUUCUACACCUUGAAGACCACCCAAUUGUUCAAAAACCUGUGGAUCCGAGUCUGUUCAUUCAUCGAUUCACUGAUCGUAAGUAUUUAUGGUUUGCUGGUUUACUUUAAGCUUUCUUCUUUCUUCUUUCUUGGCCACCUUGUCCCAGGUGCUAACUUUCUGGUGGGGUUUAUAUAUAUUUUUGAUUUCCCCUUUGGUUUCUUGAUUACGUUUUUGGAUUUUCAUGGGGAGAACUGAGAAGUUCAAGGAUCUUGAUUCAUAAGGAUUGUAUUCUGCAAGCGUGUUAUUUGUUGCCAUUGUUCUGGCAAGUUAAUUCUAUGUGGGUGCUUAUAAGAUGGAUCUUGGUUGUAUCUUCUUCUUUCCCUCAUCGAUGAGCCAAUGAUGCAGCAUCAAUGAAGUAUCGGAUCUCUUCUGUUAAAUAGAAGAGCAAAAAGGUUUUAUAUUAGUUAUAAGGUUCUAGAUUGGUAUUCCGAGGUGCGCCGUUAUGGAAAACACACCACUAAUUGAUACAUGGGCGAGAAAUGCAGUUUAAAGCAGUUGAGGCCCACAGAAGCAGACUGCAGACAGGUAAUUGUCCUCUAGUUUGUUUGGCGGGGAAGCUGGUUCUAUUUAUGUCACCGUCUGGUAAACCUCCUUUGGGUUAGAUUACUCAUUUAUCAGGAGCUCCUUUUGUAGACUAGAGCUUUUCGUGUGGUGUUUUUUCCAGAUUUAGCAUCACUAGUUCAAAUCAUAAUUAGUGGCUACUUGUUGGAGGACUCAAAACCUAAUCUGUACUAAUAAAGAUUAGAACUAUCAGGCUGCUUACAUGUGUGGGUUUUCAUAAUUGGUAUUAGUGGUAUGGAGAACUAAUGGCUUUUAUGUUAAGAGUUCGUAAGAGUAAAUGGUAAAAUGCUUAGCUGUUAUUUUGAGAUAGUAUUUUAUAGGAGAAUAUACGUAUCCACAAGAUGAAUGUGGUUGAGAUAUGGAUGUUAUGAGGUUAACAUGAUUGGACAAAAUUAGAUAUAAUCACAUUGAUAGAAGGUGCAAGCAGCACACACAGAGAAGGUUGAUCGAGAGGUUUUACUAUAUCCUACACAGACCUUUGUAUACACUGGUUCACAAAUGCGACAUUAUGACGAUUGGGGUACUAAAGGGGAAAAACAAACCUAAAAUCACGAUGAGCAUAUUUUCUCGGAAGUCUUAUGAUCUCUCAGAUCAAUGUGUAUAGAACUACGAAGAGACCACAAGGGUAAAAAAAGGCAGCCCGGUGCACUAAAGCUACCGCUAUGCGCGGUGUCCGGGGAAGGGCUCCACCACAAGGAUGUAUUGUACGCAAACUUACCUUGCAUUUCUGCCAGAGG